AUGUUCCAUCUGUUUUGCAUUCUUGUUAUCUCAAGUGCAUUUGAUUUUGAUAGUUGGUUAAUCAAAUUCAAUAAAAGUUUUUCGGCUGUUGAAUCACUCAGACGUCGCGCUAUAUUUGUUCAAAAUGCUAGAUUUGUUGAUGAAUUCAACAAACUUAACAAAUUUAAGCUUGGGGUUGAUGGUCCUUUUGCUGCACAUACACACCAAGAAUAUCUCUCGACUCUAUCUCACAAACCCAAUAUAAAAGAAAGUUAUUUUGAACCACAUUCAAAAGAGGCACUUAAAAUGUUCCCAGAAUCACUCGAUUUGAGGCAACAAGGUAAAGUUACGAAGGUAAGAGACCAAAAAUCGUGUGGAAGUUGUUAUUCAUUUGGUGCUCUUGCUUCCUUAGAAGGAAGACUUCUUUUCUUGGGUGGUAAUGAAAACACACUUGACCUUUCUGAAGAACAAAUAAUGAGAUGUUCUGCCAAUAAUGGUUGCAAUGGAGGAACAGGAUCUAUUGUUUAUGACUACAUCAAGGAAAACGGCGUUGUACAAGAGAAGGACUACCCAUACACUGCCACAGAAGGAAAUUGUGGAGUUGAUCUAACAAAGAAAUUUGCAACAAUUGAAGGAUACAAAUAUAUAACCAGAAAGGAUAAUGACGCGCUUAAAAGUGCACUUGUAGAUGGAGUUGUCGAUGUUUCGAUAGAUGCCUCUUCUCCUAUGUUCUCAUUGUACAAGAGUGGAGUGUAUCAUGACACAAAGUGUAAAACUUCUCUUUUCAGUUUAAACCAUGAAAUAGCAGCAGUAGGGUAUGGAAAGUUAAAUGGUGAAGAAUAUUGGAUAGUGAAGAACUCUUGGGGAACAAACUGGGGCGAAAGUGGCUACAUCUUGAUGGCGAUGGAAGGUAAUACCUGUGGUGUUACUUCAGAACCCAUCGUACCAACUGGUAUCAAAUACCUCUAA